AUGAAGUUCUGCUCUCCCAUCCUUUUGGCCUCGCUCGCCUUGGCGUCGCCCUUAGCUCUGCAGGCAGAGAAGCGCCAGACUGUCCGCUCCACCGCCAACGAGUUCAAGAGGGGCGGCUGCAACGACAUCGUCUUCGUCUGGGCCCGCGGCUCGACCGAGAUUGGCAACAUGGGCACUGUUGUUGGUCCUCCCAUGUCCAACGACCUGAAGAGCCAGUUCCCCGGCCAGGUAGCCGUCCAGGGAGUUGACUACGGCGCGCUUCUGUCCACCAACUUCCUCCCUGGCGGAGCUGACCCGGCUGGUAUCCGCGAGAUGAGGUCCAUCCUCGACGACAUUAACACCCAGUGCCCCGACGCCGUCGUCGUUGUCGGUGGCUACUCCCAAGGUGCCGCCAUCUGCCACCGCGUCAUUGAAGACCUCCCUGCUGCGCAGCAAGACAAGAUUGCCGGUGUCAUCAUGUUCGGCGACACCCAAAACCGCGCCGACAACGGCCAGAUCAACAACUUCCCCGCCGACAAGGUCAAGAUCAUCUGCGCCGCGAACCCCGCGAUGCCGUCUGCGACGGAAACCUCGGCGCCGCCGUCCUCCCUCCCCAUCUCUCCUACCGCCGCAACGCCGGCGAGGGGUGGUGUCGCCCACGUGCGUGCGGCCGCCGGGGUGGGCGCGCCACGGGGUCUCGUUCUCAGGGCCAUGGCCCCCAACGUCUUUAUUUUGGCGUGGAGGAUGGGUGGUCCCGGAGAAUUGAGGACAUGA